CAAGGGAAGCUCAAUCUGUCAGCCUUCUGGAACUCGCAGCUGGUAGGAAUAAAGAAGGAGCCUGGAAGCGAGCCGCUAGCCUUGGUGGUAUCGAACUACCAUUCCCUGUCCGAACCGUGGCAGAAACACGUCAAGGUCGCCGGCACUACAUCACGGCCAAGCGAGCCAGCCUUCAGGUGCGGUGAAUGCGGCCUGCGAUUCCGCUCCGAUGUGCUGCUCUUGAAGCACCUCCGAUCGCACAGCCGUGGCAGCACGUUCUUCAAGUGCGACGGCUGUGACAAGACGUUCACCAGGAAGGUGCGCCUGAUCGCGCACAAGCGGUAUCCGUGUGAAGCCAAGCCCUUCACCUGCAAUGUCUGCAACAAGACGUACACCCGGCGGGACUACAUCGUCAAGCACCAACGUCUGCACGCUCAGCCGCGAGACGUGAAGGUUGUCGUACCCACUGAUCACGAGUGCGGCGUGUGCCAAAAGAAGUUCCUGAACAGAGCGGCGCUUUCUCUGCACCAGUCAUUCUCUUUCCAUGGGUGCCGUGCUGGCGAGUCGUGGUCAGGUGCGCUCAGGUGUGACACAUGCGGUCUAUGCCUUCCUUCCACCUCUGCAGGAGGAACUCAGAAGUGCGUCAGCGAGAAAGCAUCGGUGCAACCCACGCUGUUGGGCGACUCGGGUGCGAACGUCGAGCUUGACAAGCCGCUUACCGGUGUGAAAGGAACUGUUCCCAACCCGCGUCGUUGUCUUUCUUGCCGCACGGCUGCAAUGCAGGCUGACGCGGCAGAAGGUAAGGGAGCUCAGAGAGAGUGUCCUUUGUGUCAGAAGCAGUUUCUUUUCAGCGGCCCCUUUAAUCUGCAUGUUAGAUUCGAGCGCCACUAACAAGGAUCAAAGUUCGAAGUAUGUCCGCCGCACUGUCUCGAGCAAUCCAGACUGCAAGUUUACAGUGAAUGUCUCAGGACAUCUUCUGGCCACGAAUGUUCCAAGUUUGAGCACGUCCGACUGAGAUACCAUUUCCGCCUGGCCUGUGUAUCUUCUAUCGGAUAAUGUGUAUCCCUGUUGGGCUUGCUUAGAUUUGCAUCACUCCUGGCGCAAAACGUGUCACAUGACUUUCAAAGGUCGUUUCUAAAGUGCGAGCGUCAGGUCAAAAAUUUAUGUUUCUCACGCCGGUGUCGACAUUAGUAAAUUUGUUUUUCUUUUUGUUUAUUCUAAUUUUAAUAGUGAUAGCACCAAUAUCACAUAGCUUGUUAUCGUAAUUACGUUACGAGGAGUGAAAAUUAGGUCAGUUGAUGAAAUUGUAUAAAUAUUGAUUUUCAAGUGUGUCAUUAGAAUUCCAAUUGGACUUAAUUUUCUUGUUAAAAUGCCACUAUCAAAUGUACUUAAGUAGGUUGUUAGUUAAUGGAACUUGAACAAAGGUUCCUGGAGCAAAGUCGAUGAUUCGUUCAACCUUACUCGGGUGAAAUCCAUGAACUCCUGUUGAUUUGUACGAGGUUUAUGAAGAUUUUGCCAGCUGAAGGCGAACUGUUAGUACUCUAACAUUUCUGGUUGCGUUUUGCUUCUGUACUCUGUUUCACGUUCUGUUUCAAAUUUAAUUAAAUGUUUACUGUUAUGGAAUUGCUUUGCCUAUAAUCGAAAAGAAAUUUUGCUGCAGUGCAUUCCAAAAAACAUAACUUUACCCUUCAAACUACAUUGUAAUUUAGUAUGCGUUUUGAAAUUUACAAUGUUUUGUAACGAAACGUCAUGUUUGGGACGUUACUUCAUCAUCAGCGCUGUUAGGCCUCAGCAGACCUCUAGCGUUCGAGUAAGCAGCUUAAUAGCUGCAAAUACUUAGAGCGUUAUAUGCGAUCAGUUCAAUCCUCUAUUUGUGAAGGGGUCGUGGGGGUCGUCCGUAUGUUGAGUAACGCCUUCUGUUUCUCUUGCGUUUUACCGUUUAUGUUUUUACUGCCAGAAAUAAACUACUGUUUGUUAAA